AAUAUUCUAUUCGUCUCACAUCAGUCAGCCGUUUGUCUGUACCAGGGCAAAAGUACGAAGUAAAAAUGAUGGAAAUAAAUUCCCGAGCACUGUGCCGGACGGUAGUGCUGGCGAUGAUCUCCUUAUUCCACCUCGCCGAGCCCUUCAGCAAGAUGGACCUGACUCCAGCUUGCAAUUCCAUGACGCCUGGGCAUGGAUUCCAACCUCAAAGCAGUCCUCCGCCGUUCCAGCUGGUCGCUAACCGUGACGGAGACGGCAAAUUUACGGUGACCUUAAGCACCUUAGACGGCACACAAUUCGAAGGAUUCUUCAUCCAAGCUCGAAACCAAAACGACGUUCAGGUUGGCGCCUUUCACGAUGCUGACCCCACGGCCAGGAUCAUCGAAUGUCCUCCAGGGUGCGCUGUCCAACAUGACGGAGAACAAAAGAGGACGCAGGUAUCUGCUCGGUGGGAUCCACUGACUUACCGCGGACCCGUGCAAUUUAGGGCCACUGUGGUGCAGGGCUUUAAAACUUACUGGAUAAAUUUGAGGAAUGACCAGUUCGUGCCCUAGAUGUCUAUAUCUUGGCUUGAUAACCGUUCUCAGAUGACAGUCUUCAAAGACAUGCAUCUGAUAAUUCACUGUUUUGCUUCAUUAAAAGAUAUGUAUGACUUUGUUAUGCAAACAUUUAAAUAAUCAAUGAUGACUAAAAAAUGGAGAAAUGUUGAAGAAAUCAUUUUGUCAUUUGCUUCAAUACUACGAAAGUUGUUUGAGAAAGAACAAGUAAGUAUCUAAUAAUUACUGCUUCUGAAAGGUUGUUUAUCAAUACAGCAACGAGUACAUCUAAUUUCUGCUGUAAAAGUUAGUCGUCUUCGCUUAUUUACUUUUACAUAAAUCAAACUGUAGUAACUUGUAGAAUCUGAUUACCAUAACCAUGACAGCCUAGUAACCUGCAAAAUUAUAGUAUCAUAAACGGAUGCCAAAUGGCAUUGAAAAUCCAUCUUUUGAAUAGUAACUAUAUGCUACUGCAAUCCAGUGAUUUCACAAGAGGGACUGGUAUUCUACUCAGGUGAAAUUGUGUUCCUUUGGUCGGAAUGAACCUAACGGAUGACGAUGGAUGCAAGAAAUAUCUAUCUCAGCAACGUCUGGAGGAAGCUUGUGUGGCGCGGUUACAUCCCCUAUGCACAGAUAGGUACUCCGUUUUGAAAAUGACAUUUUCUGCACCUCUUUUGUCUCUCAUUUCUAUUAUGGUCUUUACUUUGACCUCAUGUAAUUUGGAAAGUUGUUAAUUAACAUUAUAAUCCCUGAUUAAACAGAAA